GACGUCAGAACAACAACGGCUGGAAGAGCAGAUUUUCCCGAGGCUCACAAUUUUGCAAAAUUUGGGCAAAGUCGUUGUGAAAGGACCGUCACAAUCUCAAAGCUAACAGCGUACCCCCCACACACUACACUUCUACAGUAAUAGCUAGCUAGCUGGGUAAUAGAUAUCUGGGAAGUCAAGAAGGAGAGAGAACUAAACCAUCUUAUUCUUCCAUCAAAGAUGCCCAAGUCGAUCCGACGUUCCAAAAGAGGCCUCGGGGGCUCCAAUGCUUCCGAUGCGCGAAGUACAUGGCGGAGGGUAUCUCUGAUUCUCCUUGGAUUAUCUCUGAUUGCCUACAGAUCCACCAAAAAUCCGUUCGAUUCGUCAUGGGGUACUCGUCUGAUGUCCUCCACCAGUCUCUUGCUCACGGAUCUCAUCUACGAGCCCUCGCCUCCUCCACAAUUCAGCCAAGCCAACAUUGCCCGUCCCAUCUGCACCGAACCAACGGGAGGACAGUGCCGCGUAUCCAAUGGUCCCAUUCCACUAUCCUCCUUGACAAACAAUGGCACCAACGACUACUAUACAUGCGAUGGUAGAUGCUCCAAUCAUGCUACCUGCUUCUUUGGCACCUGCAUGUGUCAUCCGGGAUACGAAGGUCCCACUUGUGAAGACAAAAUGCUCAUUGCCAAUCCCUGGUAUACCGCCGAUUGUCCCAAUCUGCGUGAUGAGGUCAACACGUUGAAUGUCAAUGCCACCAAUCUCGGUGGGGUGGAGUUUUGCCACGAAGGACUGGCAGAACACGCCUCGUUGGGAACAGGCUUGAGCUACUGUGCCUAUCUGUGCUACUCCAAUGUGGCCUAUGGGUCGGCCAUUGUCCCACACGCGCUAUGGAAAAAGGCACAAGAAGCCGAAAACAAUCUAUGGGCCAAGAUUUCCCGCGGAAACAAUGAUCGGUACAACGAUCACUUUCAAGGAUUUGCUCAGUACAAGUGCGUGCCACGAGAUCUCGGUCACGUCGUCGAGUUUGGUGCCGGACCGUGGACGCAGAUCCGCGGAUUGUUGAGUCUUCGACCAGAUGUCAAGGUCAAGAGCUACACAGUGUUGGAGCCGGGAGCGGACUUUUACAUUGAAAGUGUUGCCAGCUGCACGUACAAAACUGGAAAACUUUCCAAGCAUCCUGAUACUUCCAAUUUCCAUGAUUUCCCAGUCUUUGUCAAGUCUAGUCUGGGAGAAACGGCCAUGACGACGAACCUUCAGUUUGACACUGUCAUGGUCUCCAAUGUCAUUGAACACGUCCAAAACGCGGUAGAUUUCUUGCACGGAAUUCACAAAAGUUUGAAACCUGGUGGUCUCCUCAUCUUUCAUGAUCGGUACUAUUCGUAUCCCGAGGCAGCCGACAAGGUCUUGGGGAGGAAUGUAUUCCAUCCCAUUCGAUUGACCCAACGAUUCUUUGAUCUUUUCUUGGCUGACUUUGACAUCAUCUUUAACAAUUGUGAAGGUGAAAAGACUAUCCACGGAUGGAAGCGACGAAAUGGUGGCGAACGAGGCUACUACGUCGUUGCUCGCAAAAAGGUACCAGCUACCACCGGCGUCGCCGCAAACUAGCUUUGGGUGAACCCUAUAGCGACUGGUCUUGUGAGGGGUUAGGGUAACGCGAGAUGCCAAGCAGAGCUUGCCUCCGCCCACAGCGGAUGGUUGACGGUGAUGCUGCUUGCGGGUGGCGGUGCAAACAAUCUCAGAUAGCCAAUAGAAAGGGGCACGCGCACUAAAAAGGAACCGCCUUCGUUUCGUUAGUCUACAUCUUUUGAUUGAUAGAAUCCCAUUGCGGUUGUAAACCCUAUUAUUCCGGUACACCAGCUCAGGCAAACAUUCAAGUCUUGCGCUUACU